UGAUACGUUGAAAGUGCAAUUGCAGGAUAGCAGAGCUUUUAAUCAAAUUUAUUAUCAUUUAUCAUAUAUUUACUAUUUUCUUCAUAGGUGAAUUCAGUCAAUAUUACAGGGAGUAUUAGAACCGAUAGCCAGAUAGAACACAAGUGGUACGACAUGAAGUCGAAUGCCAAAAAGAGGGUCUCUUUGUACAGGAAAGAUUUAAAAAAAACUGGAGGAGGUACAAUUACUGCAAAACCACCUACAGAGAUGGACUACAGGAUAAUAGCCCUUAUGGGAAAUGAGUCAGUUGAGGGCAUACCAGGUGCUGCAGCAAUCGAAAACUGGCUUUGUCAUGCUGAAACAUCCUCACUUUCGAUGCAAAUUUCUCAAGUCAAUUCAGGUGACACGUACGAAGGAUCAUCAAGUCCAAUAAUUGCAUCUUCGCAACCAUUUGCGUUUGCAGAACAUGAAGACCAAGGCACUGGGGGUGCGCUUCCAUACACUUCAUAUAUUGAAAGUGAAACUUCCUGUCAUGACCAUUCUGCAUCGUCUACAGUCAGCAGCAAAAGAAGCAAAAGAAAAAGAAGACGCUGCGAUGACGAGGCGAGUGACAUUGUCACAAUCCAAAGAGAAAUAAAAGAACUACUGCAUAGUUUGGUAGACUCUCACAAGAAAAUGGAAAAAAGUCUGGCAAAAAUUGCUGAAAAAUAUUGUGACUCAAAAUUGUAGUACCUGUACCUUGUAUAUGGGGUGAUCCAUAAGUGGGCAGGCUGCCAAAAAACUUGAUUAAUACUGUCAAACUACAUUUGGUUCUCUCUGUACAUUUUUUCAUUUAGCCUGGAAUUUCAUUACAAUUCGCACGACUUUUUAUGCUGCCUGUUACUAUUGACCAAUACUCCAAUCCCAUCUUUAAACUAUUAUCGUAAUGUGAACAGGUUUCUAAGUAUGGCACCAAAACAGAAAAUGUGAAUUAAAUACAUAUUGUUAAUUGGAAAUUCCCACGAAAUGAGUAGGCGAUAAGAAAUGUGCUGGCUUAUUGCUCCUACCAUAAUCGUGCAUCAGUCAGUCUGCCAAACAUUAAAUCGCAUUCGAAUAUUUUGAUGGAGCACAACAGUGGGAGAGACCCUCCUAUAGCAAGCAAUACGAAACUGACAGUAUCACUUUCGAGAUAUGUGAGACUAGACUAUUAUUCAAAGUGGUUUCUUUAUUGCAAUAAAACAUAGCAACAAAAUGAUAAAAUACAGCUCUGGCGUAGAUGUUGACAUAAUUAAUUUUGAAAGCUGCUGAACAUAAAUUUUUCAAAAAGUAACACUAGGGCUUGACCAUGUCAUCAUCUUCCGGAAUUUCUUGCUUCUUGCAAGUCACUAGAUUCAGAUAUUUCAAUGGAGUUUUUUAUUCAACUUAAUUUUUACACCCACAGUUUGAUGUUGAGAAAUAAAGAUCUUUGGCCUGUCCUGUUUCAUGGGAAGGGCUUAUUUUAAAAUUCCGGCUAGGUCUUAUUUUUGGGUUUCUUAUUUAUGUGUUUUCCCAAAAAUAAGACCUAGCCGGAAUUUUAAAAUGAGCCCUUCCCAUGAAACAGGACAGGCCAAAGAUCUUUAUUUCUCAACAUCAAACUGUGGGUGUAAAAAUUAAGUUGAAUAAAAAACUCCAUUGAAAUAUCUGAAUCUAGUGACUUGCAAGAAAUUCCGGAAGAUGAUGAAUGACAUGGUCAAGCCCAAGUGUUACUUUUUAAAAAAUUUAUGUUCAGCAGCUUUUAAAAUUAAAGUGUGUUAUUUAUAAGUAAACGAUUUUGAGUUUUCAUAUUUUGUAUACUCUCCAACGCAAAAUUUAAUACCGGUACUUAAAAAUUGAAAAAGGAACGCAAAAUUGAGACUCAUUUAUUUUCUUAAAGAAAUUUGAAGA